UCAACGAACCAUAUAUUACCAUCACCAUCAUCAUAAACAUUGUCCUUGUCUGUAGACAUUAAAUACCAAGAAAGAAAGGAAAAAGAACAACAGCCUCUCUUUGUCCUCAAUCAAUGGCUGCUGUUCUGAUUCCCAGUUUCAUCCUCCUCCUCCUCCUCAUGUGUUUCUUGAUCUCCCCUUCUUUGCAGCACGUAAGCGAGUCUGAACCCCUUGUGAGGUUCAAAAACUCGGUGAAGAUAACCAAAGGAGACCUAAAUUCAUGGAGAAUAGGAACAGAUCCUUGCAGUGGAAAAUGGUUUGGCAUCUAUUGCCACAAGGGUCUAACAGUCUCAGGGAUUCACGUCACACAUCUAGGUCUCUCAGGACCUAUUAAAAUCGAUGACCUAAAGGCUCUCCCAAAUCUUAAGACCAUUAGGCUUGACAACAACCUCCUCUCUGGUCCUCUCCCAAACUUCUCCGUACUCCGCGGCCUAAAAUCUCUCAUGCUCUCCAACAACAGCUUCUCCGGGGAGAUCCCUCAAGAUUUCUUCAAGGACUUGACAAGGCUCAAGCGUCUGUUUCUUGACCACAACAAGUUCGUGGGAAACAUCCCUUCCUCCCUUAUGCAGCUCCCUAAUAUCGAGGAGAUUCACCUGCAAGAUAACCAGUUCACUGGAGAGAUACCUCCACUGACGGACAAGAACAAGAACCUGAAGAUCCUCGACUUAUCAAACAACUUACUCGAAGGAGAGGUCCCUGAGAGCAUCUCAAAUAGGAAAACUCUCACCGCAAGACUCAAAGGGAACGAGUACUUGUGCGGGAGGUUAUUGGACAUUGAAUGUGAAGCUAUUGACGUAACUACAACCGGCCCAAUCGGACCCCUGCCACCAACCGUUAGCCCGGCAACAAACCCGAUAAGUAGCACUGUGUUCGCGAUCCUGCUCGUCCUAACGUUUCUUUUGACGUUCUUUAUCGUUGUGGGGAUUAUAAAGAAGCGAAACAAAAAGAAAAGCGACCAGUUUCGUAUGCUUGACAAAGAACGUCUAAGCGACCUAGAUGCCUUGCAAGUCAAGGUACACCAAUCCACAACUGUAAAUAGGUCUACGGAAUCGAGCGGUAACCUCGGUGGAAACAUGGACGGUGGUUCGACCAAGAAAGGUGGAGAAGUAGGUGGAGGGAUGAGUGACAUCGUGAUGGUGAAUAACGAGAAGGGCUCGUUUGGUUUGCCUCAUCUGAUGAAGGCUGCAGCCGAGGUGCUGGGAAACGGUAGCCUUGGGUCGGCUUACAUGGCGGUGAUGGCUAAUGGAUUAUCUGUUGUGGUGAAGAGGAUUAGGGAUAUGAAUAAACUCGCACCUGAACCUUUCGAUGUUGAGAUGAGGCGGUUGGGGAAACUCCGACACCCUAACGUCCUUACACCUCUAGCUUAUCAUUACCGUCGCGAAGAGAAGCUUGUCGUGUCUGAAUACAUGCCUAAUAGCAGCUUGCUUUACGUUUUACACGGUGAUAGUGGAGAAUAUCAUUCGGAGCUAACUUGGGAAACAAGAUUAAAGAUCAUCAAAGGAGUGGCGCAAGGGAUGCAGUACUUGCACCAGGAGUUUGCGUCAUACGAGCUGCCACACGGUAACCUUAAAUCCAGCAACGUUCUGCUCAACGAGACCUACAAACCAGUGAUCAGUGACUACGCAUUCUUACCGUUUCUCGAACCAAACAACGCAUCUCAGACAUUGUUCGCUUACAAGACACCAGAGUUUGCGCAGAACCAACAAGUUUCUCAUAAGUCAGACGUCUACUGCCUCGGAAUUAUAAUUCUUGAGAUCUUGACUGGGAAAUUUCCUUCUCAAUACGGCAAAGGCGGGACGGAUAUAGUUCAAUGGGUACAAUCUUCGAUGGCAGAGCGGAAAGAAGAAGAACUUAUCGAUCCAGAGAUAGUAAAGGGUACUGAUUCGAUGCAACAGAUGCUGGAAUUGUUGCGGGUUGGGGCUGCUUGUAUUGCACGUAAUCCAGAUGAGAGAUUAGACAUGAGGGAAAUCGUUAGAAGAAUAGAACAAGUGAAAACAUGA